AUGUGCAAGGUCCUCGACCUCGAGGCGAGGUACCACAAGGUCGAGGCUCCCGCUGCGGCCACUCACGAGCUGCUCCACUUUCUCCUCGGCAUGGGACUCGGCUGGAUCUCGGUUCCGGCCCUCUCGGUCGAGGCGGCGCAGCUGCAGCUCGAGCAGCCCGAGGGGCUGCAGAUAACUGCGCUCACCGGCGCGGUUGGCACCGUCGGCAGCUCCAUCGUUGUUCCUGCCUUUUUGGCCCUGCAGGCAAGCGCAGCACCGCACUUCCGCUCUGUUGCGGCCACCUCAGCUGCCACCGUUGCACACAUGGCCCACCACCACGACACCGCAACAGCCCACCUUCUCACCAACGUCGCCGCGGAUCACUUCACCAUCGCCGAUAUUGACCUAUGGGUCCGCAUUGCGCUGGCUGCACACCUGUUGGCAACGCUGUUGGGCGCCUCGUUGAGCCACGCGACGGUGGGCGGAGCCUCUGUCGUGCUCUAUCUCAUCGCGUUCCUCGGUUCCCUCGCGGCCAACCUGCAGCGCCUCGCCGCGAUGCCGUGGGCCCUCUCCGCAGGCGGAAACUUCACGGCGCUGGUGUGUGCGCUGCUCGGCGUGUGGCAGCAGCCUGGUGGUGAGGCUCGCAUCAGCGUUGGGGGCUACUUCGGCCUUCUCGCCCUCGUCGUCCUUGCCGCAGCCGCCUCGUACAUCCUCCUGCGCCGGCGCCGGUCGGCUGCGGCAGCCUUGGACCUGAGUCCGACCUCGCUGAUGAAGAGGAGCCCCUCUUCGGUGAUGGCCGAGCAACCUGGCGGCGACGGGGGGGGCGGCGCCUCUGGCGGCGGCAGCGCGAGCCUCUCCCUAUGGCCGCUGCCGCGCUUUGCGACCCACGCCGAGGUCGCGCUCUGCACGGCGACGAACGCACUCGUGCAGACCCUCUGCUGGGUAAUGAUUGGCUUCUUUGUGCCGUUUGCCGCGAACCACGCGGCGGGCGGGGUCCGCGAGGGAAGCGUCCUGCUCGGCUAUACCGCCGAGAUGAGCACGGUCGCCGUCUUUGUCGGCUCCGUCUGCUCGGCCUACCUUCCGAACGCGGCACUGCAUUGCUGGGCGACCAUGGCGGCGAUGCUGGCGUGUUUCUUUGCCGUCGCUGCGCUCGCUUUCGGCGCCCACUUGCCGGCGCCCUGCCCGCUGCUGCAGUGCGCGCGAUUUAUCGAUGGGCUUGUCACGCCGCUGUUGUAUCGGCGGGCGGGCGAGGCCUUUGACGGCGGCGAGAAGCAAGCGGUGACGCAGUGGCAAGGGUGCUGCUCCAUCGUCUUCACCGCCACCCUCACUUGGGCUGCAGUCGCGGUGGUCAAAAGCGGCGCCAUGGGGUCGUAG